AUGGAGAAAGAUGACUUAUCACUACUGCUCAUCCUUGUUAUGAUCCAGACGACGUCUAGUUCACAUUUGUUGAAGAGGUAUUCACAGAACUGUUACCCUCAAAAGUCUAUCUACAUUAACGAAAACGUCCCAAAAUUAUGGUUAUUCUUUAAAAACUGCAAAAUGACCAUUCUCGAUGAGAAUUCGUAUAAGAGAUAUAUUGACAAACAGACAGUUGCCUACAUCAGCCUUAACAAUAUUAUCAUUACGGAGAUCGAUUCGACAUUUUUUGAAAAUUUAAUUCUUGAAAAAAUAUCCAUCUCAAACGUUUUGGUUAAUGACGAGCUGUCUACUGAUUUAUUCACGAAUAUAACUUCAUUAAAAGUAUUAUCGAUAAAUAAUUCUCUUGCAUUUAUAAACGCUCUAAAAAAUGUGGGGUUUAUUUCCGAGUCUAUGUGCCAAUUUUUAGAAAAAUUUGAGUUGAUAAGUCCAACUGUUGAGAUACACAUACAUGAAAAUACGUUUGAGUCUUGUUACAGACUACAAAGAUUAAGAUUGGAAGGAAAACUCCAAAGAACUGACUUCUUACACCAUCUACAUAAUGUUACUCAUUUGCAAAUCCCAGCAGAUCUGCUAACGAAUUUGAUAUUAUCUUCAUUUGAAGGUCUCUCACAAAGCCUUCGAAUUGUUUCGUUAUUCGAAGUGGGCUCGCGGAGAGUUAUCGGUACAACUUUCAGUGGAUUAAGAGUUUUACACAAACUAAUACUUCAGUGCCCCCGUCCUGUUGUCAUCUUGAAAAGUUUUCUAAUUUUUCUGGAAACGACUAAACGGAAAAUGUUAUUAAACUGCCCGGAUAGAAACACGGACAAUUUGUAUUCGUCACACCCGAUCAAAAUUACAUCACCACCGUCGACAUCCCUGAGGAAAAAUAUAUCGUACAAGAGAGAUUUAGCGCUUUCGCCGUUAAAAAAUUUUGAACAAUACGAACUGGAUAUCAUGGGUCCGGAUGUUUUGAUCGAUUGGGAGAAAGAACUCAUAACCGGGACGCCGAUAAAACCGAAAAUCUUAAAUUUCACGGCUUCUUGGAUAACCCGCGGAAUGCACAUGGACGUGAGGUGCUCUGCCACGGGAGAUCCUCCCGUCGCUAUCUUUAUAGAAUUCCCGGACGGAUGGCAAAAAUAUUACGGCCCGGAGCAUAGGGAGGUGAACCUUUUAGUGGCCUACCAGUAUUUCACCGAAAAAACAAAAAAUUACGCAGGUGAUUAUUCUUGCACUGUCGUCAAUGGAAACGGUCGGGAUAGUUUUACUAUAACUCUUAAUUUAUCAUCUGGUUGCUGGGCUGACGUCGGUCGGAUUUUGUUCCUCGUAGAAGUGAUGAUUUUUGUUAUGUUAGCUAAAAAAUUGUUUCUAUCUUUGUCGUUUUGCAAUUAA